GUAGAUGAUUCGGAUGAGGAAGCCAAUUUUCAGGAAUUAUAUAAUAAAGAUUCCAAAGAAUUUUAUGAAAUGGAUGAUGAUACAAUAAAUCUAAGUAAUAAUAUAAAUUUUGCUAAAGACGAAUAUGAGUCCAUUAUAUCAAGCUUAGAUUCGUUAGUUAAAUGCAUUGAUCGAUCUACCUUUCAAGAACAAGAAGUUGCGAUUACUAUCGCUAGAAGAGAAUAUUCUUCUGAUAAGACUGUUAAACAGAAUUUGUCUUGUCAAGCAAAAUAUCAACAAGGCCUUGGAUAUACAAAAAAAGCAGUCAAUUUGGCUCUUGAAACUGGUUGUGAAAGUGCACCAAAAAAGCAUAUAAGAAACGUAUUAGAAAACCAUACUUCCAAACGCCAAAAUCAAAAGGCUGAUGAGCCGAUACAAAGGAUCUAUAUUUUUAUCAGCUCUUCAUAUAGGAUAAAUAAAUCGAAUUGUAGAAAUUACAAACAAUUUGAAGAGACAAUUCGGCAUUCAAGACAGCAAAAUAACGUGGGUGAAUCUUCUCAGCAUAGUAAUAAUUUG